AAAACAAAAUGGCGGGAAUUGUUUUGUUUGUUGACCUCUUCCCAAAUUGUUGUUGAGUCAAGAUACAAUUUGCUUUGCUGUUUUAUUUAAUUACUAACUAAUAACACGUUACAAUGGCGGACAAUGACUUAGCUGACUUAAGAAAACAGUGCAUUACUAGCUUGUAUUUGUGUACAGACAAUGUAUCAAAAUAUUUAGAUAGAGAGAAGGAAGCAGAAUUUGAUAAACUGAAGAUGUUUGUCCAGCAAUAUUGCACUUUAGAAGCCCAGCAAGAUGUUACUAUUGAAGCUAUGGAAAGAGCAAAGAGAGAGACUGACACAUCAAAUAUGGAUACCCUGGAAGAGAGGUUUCAGUCACACUUGUCAGCUUUAGCUGGUAAACGCCUCAAGAUCGACAACCACCCUUAUAUGAUGGAGUUCAAGAAGAGAAUACAACAAGGAACGGAAAGUGCCUCAAAUAAUUUGGAUGAGUCAGACUUAGCCAUAACUGAAUCACAGGAUCAAUAUUUGGACCCCAUCACAAAGAGGCCGGUCACAGACCCAGUGAAGAACUCAGUUUGUGGCCAUAUCUAUGAGAAAGAUGCUAUUUUGAAUUUGAUCUCCACCAAACCUAGAACUAAAUGCCCAGUGGCUGGCUGCGGCAACAGGGGACCAAUACUACGAGAUCAUCUCAUAUCAGAUGAAGAACUAAAAUUCCGUAUGACCAUAUCUAAACAUUCCACCAUGAUUCAGGAGCGAUCGUACUUACAACUUGAUGAUACUAUAUGAUUUAAUUAUUAUAAGGAGUUCAUGAGUUGCUACACCUACACCACAUUCAUUUAAUUUUUUUCUACUAAAUAAUCUUUUGAAAGGCUUACAAAUGAUGCAUUCCGUAAGACGAGAUUCCACCAGUGUGCCACUAACGCACACAAAUGUUCCUUCCGAUAUUGAUUGUGAAUGAUUCUAAAAUGUCCACGAAACUUAAAACAUUGAAAAUGUAGUGAACAAUAAUUCUGAGCGACGAUUGUGCAGUGGAUUAUCCACAAUAUGUUGAUUGUGCUGUUUUGUUUCUAAUGCUUACCCUAUGUUUUUUUGUAUUCAGCAAUAUUGUGCCAACUCUUUUAAGUUUACUUAUUUAAUCACGUAAGUAGUUACAUUAUUAUAUUUCUCCAAGUAAACUUAAGUAAAUAUUGUAAAUAAAGAUUAUUCUAUACGUAA